AUGGUGGGCAGUAGUGUCAGGUUGUUAGAGAGCUCAUUGAUCAACGCAGAAGUGAAGGAAGGAGAGAUUCUUCCUCCUACCAUUCAUAAGCUGAUGAAAGGAUACAACAAGUACCUCAGGCCUUUCUUUGACAAUGGUCCAGUAACAGUGGGCAUGAGCUUGGAUAUCGCCAGCAUCGAUACGAUCUCAGAGAUCAACAUGGACUACACCGCCACCAUCUUCCUUCGCCAGCGCUGGACCGAUGAGCGCUUGAUAUUCGAAGGCAACAAGAGCCUCAGCCUGGACGGGCGGCUCGUGGAGCUCCUCUGGGUCCCAGACACCUUUAUCGUGGACUCCAAGAAGUCCUUCCUCCAUGACAUCACCGUCGAGAACAGACUGAUCCGCAUCUUCCCCAAUGGAACCGUUCUGUACGCUCUAAGGAUUACGACCACUGUUGCGUGCAACAUGGAUCUGACCAAGUAUCCGAUGGACAAGCAGACCUGCACGUUACAACUGGAGAGCUGGGGUUAUAAUAUUAAUGAUGUCGAGUUCUACUGGACCAGAGGAAAUGCGUCCGUCAGCGGUUUGGACACACUGCAGCUGGCCCAGUACACAGUAGAGGAUUACUACACAUCUGUCUCAGAAGCCAUCUAUGAAACCGGCCAAUACCCCAAGUUGGUUUUCCACUUUGAGCUGAAGAGGAGCAUUCUGUACUUCAUCCUGGAGACCUACGUCCCCUCCAGCCUGCUGGUGGUCCUCUCAUGGGUUUCCUUUUGGAUCUCUCUGUCCUCGGUUCCAGCACGAGUUUGUAUCGGAGUGACCACAGUGCUGACCAUGACCACUCUGAUGAUGGGAGCCCGGACAUCACUGCCCAAUGCCAACUGCUUUAUCAAGGCCAUCGAUGUUUACUUGGGAAUCUGCUUCAGCUUUAUCUUUGGCGCGCUCAUUGAGUACGCCGUUGCCCACUUCUGCACCCUCUCACACAUGGACGCCCACAUGCUCAUGUACCGCCACCAAAUGCACGACUUUGACGAUGACAUGAACGGCAUCAUCACCACCAUCUCCACGCAUGCCAGCAGAGCCAAGAAACGUAAGGAGCCUGCCGAGACUCCCUCCACGGCUGCUAACUCCACAGAGCUCACUGUCAGACCCUCCAGCCCCUCGGGCAGCGAGCCAAGGCCUGAGGCGUCGCCACCGAAGCCCGUCCACUGGUGCCUCACUGCUCUGGCCACCGUUCGUAAAGUGCUCCGCUCCAUAAACUGCUGUACUGUGAAGAACCCACACCACAUAGACAACUACUCAAGAGUCACCUUCCCCUUGUCUUUCGUCAUGGUCAAUCUGCUCUACUGGACAUAUUAUCUGUACUUCUAG